AGAAAUCUCUAUCUAUCUCUCUCACAUGCGCGUUCGCGCUCCCGCGCGCACACACUCACACACAGCCGUUUGCAAAUUAACGCGGGCGUUGAGCCGUCGAAAGAAAGGACGGAAGAAGUCUCCGACACGUUCCCGUCCAGCGAUCGGCAGACCAAAGUUUUGUGAUUGAGACCGGCUUUGGACGAAGAAGGACGAGGAGGCGGUCGUCGUUCCGGUGGAUCUCAGAGAGAGAGAGAGAUGGAUCAAGAGUUGGUGGAACUGCAGAGGCAAUUCGAGGCGGCGCAGCAGGCCAAGUCGAGCAUAAGGCUAUCGGAGAGGAACGUGGUGGAGUUGGUCACGAAGCUCCAGGAACUCCGCAUCAUCGACUUCGACCUCAUCCACACGAGCUCCGGCAAGGAGUACAUCACCCUCGACCAGCUGAAGUUAGAGAUUGAAUCUGAAAUUAAAAAAUUGAGGCGUGUUUCUCUUAUUGAGCUUGCUGACACAAUUGGUGUGGACUUGUACCAUGUUGAAAGGCAAGCUCGGGAAAUUGUGGCAAAUAGUCAAGAACUCAUGCUUAUACAGGGGGAGAUAAUGUCAGAAUCAUAUUGGGAUAGCAUAUCUGAAGAAGUCAAUGAAAGACUUCAGGAGUGCAGUCAGAUUGCAUUGGCAGAGCUUGCAGCUCAGUUGCAUGUUAGCUCAGAACUCAUAUCUAAUGUGGUGGAACCUCGCCUUGGAAGAAUUGUGAAAGGGAGACUAGAAGGUGGGCAAUUGUACACUCCUUCAUAUAUUGCUCGUGUUAAUGCCAUGGUCCGAGGAGCUGUGAGGGGAAUUACAGUUCCAACAAAUUUAUCUACUGUUUGGAACUCCUUGCAGCAGUUGCUACAAGAAACUGAUGGUGCUGUUGGAAUUUCUGUUGAGGCUUCACUCUUCCAAUCACUGUUCAAUGAAAUCUUGAAAGAAAAGGAAGUCCUAGGGUCACUUCGGGCAGGAAUGCACUGGACACCAGCUGUUUUUGCACUUGCUCAAAGGGAGAGCAUAGAGUCUUUCUUUUCACAGAAUUCCUAUAUAAACUAUGAUGUUCUUCACAAACUUGCUGUUGCCCAGCCUAAGCAGUAUCUACAGUCCAGAUAUCCUGAAGGUAUACCAUUGGAGACUGUUUUUGUGCACCCCUCUAUGGUUGAGAUGUUGGAUGCUGCAGUGGAAGAUGCUAUAGAACAUGCUAGCUGGAUUGACAGUCUUUCUGUUUUGCCUUCAUUUUUUGGGCACCAAGAUGCUGCCAAGCUUUUAUCCCAUUGUCCUUUGGUUCAGAGUUCUUUUAGGAAUGCAAAAGCUGUUCUGUUGGGGGAAAUAUAUAUUUUGAGUACUGCUUUCAUCAAGAGUGUUUUCUCCCAAAUGGAGUUGAAGGUGGAUGACUGUAUCCAAGCAAAAUUAUCUUCUAGUCAUGGCACACAUGAUAGUUCAUGCUCCUCCUCUAUGUCCAAUUCCAAAGAUGAUUCUGGAAUCAAUGGGGAUGAAUCUAGUGGUGGCAAACAUCUGGAAAAGGGUUCCAAAAAGAAGAAGAAUAAAUCUACAGUCUCCACAAAAUCUGGUGGGUCUGAAAAUAAUCAUGAAACUCUGUCUAACCUGCCAACAAAGAACAAGAAACAUCAAGGAAAAGGCCGGGACAGCAAUACUUCUCAAGUCUCUGAUACAAAGCCUAGUACAAAGAAAGAAUCUAGUAAGUUUAGGGAUGAUGAACUCGAUUCUCUGUCUGAAGAGUGGAUGUGUCAGCAGAUUCUGGAAUUGUUUCCUGAUUUUGAAGGCCAUGAUGGACCAGACUCAUUGGUUAUGGCUCUGGUGAUGCAUUUGAGGCCAAUGUUGCUAUCUUCCUGGAAGGAAAGAAGAAAUGCUGUGCUAAUGGCAACUGCUGAUAGGAGGAGACGCAUGAUCGAAAAUAUGCAGAGAAAGUUGGAUGAGAGUUCCCUGGAAAUGCAGCUGUUUGGGAAAGCAUUGGACCUCUUUGAAGACGAUCCUUCAAUUUCACUUGUUUUGCAUAGGCAUUUGCUUCGAACAAUGGGUGCUUCAAUUGUCGACUGGUUCUUGAUAAAUCUGGAUAUUUACAACAAGCUAAACACAGGUGGUGCAGUUGAAGAAAUUCAAAUUUCAGAGCCUCCUUCAUUGGGUUCUGCAGAGAGGCAAUCCAUUAUAAAAAGCUUACCUAGGUCACUUUCAAUGAAGGCUCUUCUAGUGGUUGAGGCUUUAGAGGGAAAGCAAGUUGAUACUUUUAUGAAUGCAUUAUGGGAAAUGGCAGAAGAAAGUGGUUUAUCUGUGAAGAAGCUUGACAAGAAACUGGAGAGAACAAUGUUGCAUUCAUAUCGUAAGGAUUUGUUGACCCAAGUUAGUGCUGAGACUGAUCCUGUUGCCCUUCUGCCAAAAGUUAUCUCGCUUUUGUAUUUGCAGGUGUAUAAUAAAGUCCUGCAAGCACCUGGAAGGGCCAUAUCUGCUGCAGUGUCUAAAUUGAAGGAUAAGCUUGAUGUUUCUGCUUAUACAACCAUAAGUGAAUACCAUGCUGCAACUGUUACUCUUUUGUCCUUGCUAUCAGCUGCAACUGACGAUGAAAUGGACUGCACUGCAGAUCGGAUAUUAAGUAAAAGGGAGUUUCUAGAGAGCCGGAUGCCAGCCUUGAAAGCCCUUGUAUCAGGAAACAGUUCAUCCACAAGCUGAGACUUUUCGGUUUCCAUGAUAAAUUUGUUCGGCAAAUUUUGGAAUGUCCGCUUUCUUGUAAAUCCUGUUUUAUUACUGAAAGGCAGCUCUUCAGUUUUGAAAUAUGUUGAUCAAGAGCACCAAAAAAAUUAUGCUACCAUGCAUAGGAUGUAAUGGAAAAUAAUUUUUUUCGCAUUCUAUCAUUUCAAUGAA